AUGAAGAAGUACAAAGACCACCUCGCCUUGCUGUAUAUGGCGCACGAGAAACUCAAUGAUGACCUCAAUGCAGUGCUGAACCACCCACUAAUGCCAUCAGAAUUUGAACGAGCAUGGAAGGACCUCAUUCAGAGAUACAACUUGCAAAACGACGAAGUGAUGAAUUCGCUGUGGGAUGAGAGGCACGAGUGGAUCUCAGCUUACUACAAGGAAAUUUUCUGUGCUCGGAUGACUUCCACGCAGAGAAGAGAGAGCAUGAAACGCAUACUGAAGAAAAACUUUGUCAAAGAGAAGCAUGAUCUCCAUCUGUUUGCUCAGCAGGUGGACAAGUGCAUUCAAACCAGGAAGGCAGUCGAGCACGCAGAGACAGUAGCAAAUGAGUCAGAGGUAAAGACAACAACCAAAUUUGGGUUCGAAGUUCAACUAUCAAAAGUGUAUACAAGGGCAGUGUUUGCAGAUUUUGAAGAAACACUCUACCGUAGCACUGCAUUCAGAGCAGAACGGUGCCCUAAGAACCCGACAAAGUAUCUUGUACACCACUACAACAGAUCGGAUGCAUUUGACUGGGCAAGGCAUAAUUUCCAAGUGGUCGCCGAUGAAAAGAAAGGUGUCUACGAACAAACAGCAAUGGAACUUGCAAACAGAGCGACAAGGUCCGACGCUGGGUGCCACAGAGCGUUGUCUGGUAUGAGGGCACUGAUCGAGGAAGUUGAUGUGCUCAACGAAGAAGAAGAAGCAGCAGCAAAACUAAAGUAA